GGUUCAUCACUAAUGAUAGCUGUCACCUGACUGAUGUCCAGUGAAGCGGUGGUCAUAGUGGCUUUUGGCUGUACAUACCACACAUCACACGGUCACUUACAAACACAUUUAACAUCAUCAUAGCUUCACGGCUAUCAACAGCUCUAUAAGGUACUCUUUUCUCGAAAUCAAAGGCAAGUAAAACCUCCUUCAUCAAAGUCUCACUCCAUACAUCAGUCCCCAGCCAGUGAUGUCAUUUCUACAUUAAUCAGUGAAGAGUUCCAAUAUGGAGUGUGUUCCCAUAGGAAAUGUGUCGGGGUUAACUCCCCCUGUCAACUUUACCGAGGCACAGAAAAGAGUUCUUAAGGAUAUAAGCAAUGUUUUCUAUAACUAUGGACUUCCUGUUGUCUGUUUGUUUGGAAUUGUGGGAAAUAUUCUAAACUUGACAAUUCUUACUCGUCGAAAGUUACAAAAGUCGUACCGCACCGUUGAACAAGCUGCAUAUGUGUGUCUCAUUGGAUUGGCUCUUUCAGAUCUAAUGUUUUGUGUUUUCGCCUUUCCGACAACCUUCUUACCAACAGGCGAGUAUUACAAAACAAAAGGCUUCAUACUAUAUUAUGGGAUGUAUUCCACAGCCAUCAUCAAUGUGUUUAUCAUGUCGAGUACCUGGCUCACUGUAACCAUGGCGACAGAACGGUAUAUUGCUAUCUGCCAUCCCCUGAAUAGCAAACUUUUCAUGACUCUAAGUAAAACCAAGUUUGUCAUAGUGCUGGUGUAUCUAGUAUCUGUGGCUUUUAAUAUUCCAGUGUUAUGGCGAUAUCAAAUUCGUGAAAUUUUAUGUGAAAAUAUGACCUCGAAAGUUUAUCAUCUUAAACAAGUGCCCUUGUGUGAUAGUAAUACACUGGAUGAUGGAUAUCGUGUACUUUGGGCAAUCGUCGGAAAUUUCAUUCCUCUCAUUCUCCUGAUUGGAUUUAACAUCUGCAUCUGCUAUAAGAUCCAUAAAUCGUAUAAAUUACGACAAAAGUUUCACUGUGAACAAGAUCCGAAGGAUUCUAACAACACAUUAACAAUUACGCUAAUCGUAAUUGUGGUCAUGUUCUUCAUACUGGUGGCGCCCUCUGAGAUUGUGUUGCACAUUGCCCAGAUCACCAAAAGUGAUAGUGAUGCCACCUACAAGGCUAUUGAAGUAGUUAUGAACUUUAUGCAGUCUGUGAACUUCUCAGUGAACUUUGUUCUAUAUUGUAUCAUCAGCCCGUACUUCCGUAAGACUCUCCGACACAUUCUGUGUUGUGAUUGGUAUAACAAUCGCAGAGACUCUUAUAAAUUCAAUAUGACAGACUGUAGCAAGCAACCACUCAAAGGACCAUGAUUUGGGGCAGAAGUUCUAAUUUUAGUUGGUCCUUGUAUAAAGCUUGUCAAAAGCGAUGACACCAUUCUGACGAAUCAAUACGAACAACAAAGUCAGGAUUAACGGCUAAUUUACAUAUCGUAUAUAACCAAUAGAUAGCUAUCACACUGUCAAUGGGAUGCUAUAGGUUUCAUUUAUCCACAGGAGAAACUCAUCCAUGUACCUGUCAAUAUUUAGGCUCAGGCAAUCGUCACUCAUUUCCUCAGGCUGUUGUCUGAUUAUUCACUGCAUUGUCAACUUAAAACAAUUUCUACCCUCUGUAUGUAUAGCGAGAGAUCUACAUGCAAAUCCUGAGUCAAGUACUCAUAAGGUUUUGAUGGAACUCAAAGAAUUUCUGGACAUAUUUAAAUAUUACAUUGUGGAAUCUGUUGUAUUUAGCAAUAAAGACAAAAAAGAUGAAAAUAAAUUGUAGAUUAAUCACCAUUUUUACUUUAAAAAUUACUUCUUUUGGAUGAGAUUUUCAAAUUUGCUGAAAUAUACGCACUUGAUUUCAAGUUUGGGUCAGAAUGUAAAGCCUUUUUCAAUUAAUCUUCCUCUUUAUUUACAUCAAAGUGUACAAUCAGUAAGCAUUUUUACACAUUUGAAACAAUGCGUCACAGAACAUGAAACAGGUAGAGAAUACUUUGUAUACUCUCCUCAACAAAAUAAGCUGUCAACUUGGACAUCAUUACUGAGCAGGCAGUCAUCAAAGUUAACAUAAACAUGUCAUUUAAGUAGCUCUUUCUAAUAUGUAAAAAACCUCAUAUUUAUCUUUGUAUACAAAAGUCAUCAAAUUUUUUCUCGUAGUAUACAUAGUUAUCGGACUUUUACUAUUGAAAAAAACCAGUCAUAUUGUAUUUCUCAUAGUAUGAAAUUACAGAAGAAAUUACACUUUAUAAACAAAGUAACCAUAUCAGUUCAAUUAUUGAUAAUUUCAAACAGAAAUCACCAGGAACUUGUAUACAAAAGUCAUCGAAAGUGCCCUGUUUAGACAAAGACUGGUUACAGAUGACCACUGAGACAUGGAUUAAACAAAAUUAGAAACAUUCUGUAUCACAGCUGUAGGUUUGUUGAAACAUGUCAGAUUGAUUUAUCUGUUACGUGAAUUUAUAAUCAACAUUCUUGUUUGUUCAAUGGCAAAACGAUUUGAAUUUGGUUUCAUAAAACAAACGUCACCAGAUAUUUGUAUACAAAAAUCGCUAGAAGUUUGUAAAACAAAAGUCAACAGGUAUCUGUCAUUUAUCACUUUUUACAAAAGUAAAGAAAUAUUGUAUACAAAAGUAACAAGAUAUAUGUAUACAAAAGUAACAAGAUAUAUGUAUACGAAAGUCACCAGAUAUAUGUAUACAAAUGUCACCAGAUAUAUGUAUACAAACAUCACCAGAUAUAUGUAUACAAAUGUCACCAGAUAUAUGUAUACAAACGUCACCAGAUAUAUGUAUACAAACGUCACCAGAUAUAUGUAUACAAAAGUCACCAGAUAUAUGUAUACAAACGUCACCAGAUAUAUGUAUACAAACGUCACCAGAUAUAUGUAUACAAAUGUCACCAGAUAUAUGUAUACAAACGUCACCAGAUAUAUGUAUACAAACGUCACCAGAUAUAUAUAUACAAACGUCACCAGAUAUAUGUAUACAAAUGUCACCAGAUAUAUGUAUACAAAAGUCACCAGAUAUAUGUAUACAAAAGUCACCAGAUAUAUGUAUACAAACGUCACCAGAUAUAUGUAUACAAAAGUCACAUGAUAUAUGUAUACAAAAUCACAUGAUAUAUGUAUACAAAAUCACAUGAUAUAUGUAUACAAAUGUCACCAGAUAUUUAUGUAUAAAAAAGUCAUCAAUCACAUGUUAUAUGUAUACAAGAGUCACCAGAUAUAUGUAUACAAUCAGAUAUUCAUCUUUGUACACCUAUGUCACCAGAUAUUUAUCAAUGUGUGUAAACCUCCCUGUAUUUAUUUGUCUGUGCUUAGAUUUUCACCUGUUUUAAAUGUAUAUAUAGUUACAACUUAUAAUGAGUGCUAAAUUUUGUUUUAGUGUCCAUCACUAGUGCUUUACACACCUUUCUGCACUACUGGAGAGUGUUUAAGAGAUCACACUGGCAGAACAAUAUGAUACUCCACUAUUAAGUUAUCUCACUUGAUGAUAGCCUCUACGUUUACUAUGCCUUUCUUCACACAGAUUAUCUUUAUAUAGAACAUUUCUAUAAUGAAAAAAACAGGUGUGCUGUUACACAAAUUCUCUAUUUCUUUAAACAUAGAAUUAAUUACUCUUUAAUAGUUAAGCUCCAUGCAUGUCAAUACAUCUCCCUAGCUCUCUGUCCAUACAUCUCCCUAGCCCCCUGUCCAUACAUCUCCCUAACUCUCUGUCCUUACAUCUCCUUAACUCUCUGUCAACACAGCUCCCUAACUCCCUGUCCAUACAUCUCCCUAGCUCUCUGUCCAUACAUCUCCCUAGCUCUCUGUCCAUAGCUCUCUGUCCAUACAUCUCCCUAGCUCUCUGUCCAUACAUCUCCCUAACUCUCUGUCCACACAUCUCCCAUGCUCUCUGUCCACAUACCUCCCUAGCUCCCUGUCCAUAUAUCUCCCUAGCUCUCUGUCCAUACAUCUCCCUAACUCUCUGUCCAUACAUCUCCCAUGCUCCCUGUCUAUACAUCUCCCUAGUUCUCUAUCCAUACACCUCCCGUGCUCUCUGUCUAUAUAUCUCCCUAGCUCUCUGUCCAUACAUCUCCCUAGCUCUCUGUCCAUACACCUCCCGUGCUCUCUGUCUAUAUAUCUCCCUAGCUCUCUGUCCAUACAUCUCCCUAGCUCUCUGUCCAUACAUCUCCCGUGCUCUCUGUCUAUAUAUCUCCCUAGCUCACUGUCUGCAAACAUCCUUAGCUCCCUUCUAGUAGUGUCAAAUAUUGCAAUGAUGUUGAUUUUUAUUCAUUGUUAGAACACAAUAAUUUGCCUGUGUAAUAUCAAUGGAUAUUUAAAAUUUGAACUUCACCUUUGAUCUGAUGACCUUGACCUGCAUUCUGACAUCUCGUUUGAUUUUAACCAAUUAUGCUUUAUCACUUCUUAACAAUAUAUUCAUAUUGACUUAUCACCUCAAACAUUUGCCUGUGAAAUAUUCAUAAUUUGGACUUGACCUCUGACUUGAUGACCUUGGGGUGGUUAGUCAAUUUCUUGUUUGAUUUCAACCAUUAAUGCUUCCUUAUGUCAUGAAAAAUAUGUUAUUCAAAAAUAUUUGAAAUAUGACCUUGACAUUUGACCUAUGACUUAGACAAGUGGUUGCGAGACUUCUGAAAUAAUUUCAGUCAAUGAUACAUUAUUAUGUCAAUAUUUACCAGUAAUAUUCAGAUAUGAUAUAUUUUUGCUGCAUGUCCCCAUUUCUAUUUAUAGUAAUCAGGACAUUGACCUUUGAACUCUGAAUAUGAACUCAAAUUGAGAAGGAACACUUCUUUUUGAAGUAGCAAUUGGAAACCUUUUUUUUUGGAGAAGCAAUUGGAAAAAUUAUAAGCGUAAUUAUUGAAACAAAACUGGAGAUAUUUUGCAAAAAAAACUGACUUUCUAUUCAUAAUUACAGUGACCUUUGACCUAAGGACCAGAAAAUAUCUCCUUCACAAGCACUUUCUUAGAAAAAAAAAUGGGUAAAGUGUGGGUGUACUUGGUUUAACAGAACUUGAGAUAUUGUAUUGAAACAAAAUACAAAAACAAAAAAAUGACAGACAGACAGACAGACAGAUGGAUGGUCAACCUAAUUUCAAUAAAACAUUUGCUCCCUGUUUGCCUUUAAGAUAAGAGGACUUACAAAUUAUGAGAGUAAAAGAAAACUUUAUGAUAACAUUAACAUAGAAACAUUACCAUCACUCAGACUGUUGAAACAAGAUAUUCUCACUACAAUUGUUUGUCAUAACUCACUUCCUGUUCAUUUUCUAGCAGUUUUACAUCAGUAGCUAUUUUUUUCUGUACUUUAACUGCUCGUUUCGUUUGUAUUUUAAAUCAUGUCAGGAAUAAUUCAAUUUUCGGCUGUUCUCUCAAAGCGAUAGUAAAGUCAUAUUUCUGGUUUCAA